AUGACGCUCUUGCCCUUGUGGCAACUGCCCUUGCAGAAGCCAGCCCAGGAGGGGUCCCGGGGGACCAAGUCCCAGCCCUGCUCCGGGCCGCCUCGGUGCUGGCCGGGCUCGAGGCGCCAUUUUCCUGCGGGCGGCGCCGGCAGUCCCGACAGCUCCGCGGCCCUGUCUACCGCUCCCCCCCAGGUCGUGUCCCUGCGUGUUUGCGCCCUCGGCUAUUACAGAGGUUUCGGCGUCCGCACCGGCGACCGGCGCAUCCUCCUCGGUCCGGGCUCCGCCCUGGGAUGGGAGAGGGUGAGGCUGAGCCGCCGCCAGAGGCAGCGUCAGGCCCGCCAGGCUCAGCAGCAGCCGUCGUCUCAGUCGCCUCAGCAGCAACCCCCUCCAGCCCCGCAGCAGCUGCAUCCUCAACUGUCGCGGCCACCUCUGUCUCAGACCCCAUUGCGCCACUUCCCCCUGCCGCCUCGGCCGCAGCCGCCUCGCCCCCCGUCGUCUCCUGUUCCUCCGGCGCCUCCCGAUGUGCAGUUAUUCCCACACGUUCCACAGGAUCCUCAUGUGGCAGCGACUCCUUUCUACGUCGAGCAGCGCGUGAUGCACGUGGGGACGUGUUUGACGUUGCUGUCCUACGUGCUGGACCAACUCCAUGUGUGUCUGGCGCGGCAGGGUGUGGAGGUUGGGGGGAUGUUGCCGUCGGAGCAGUCAGCGGCGGUGUCCGCCGCAAGGGAGAUGCUGCAUUAUCUCCCCCUAAUCGGGCUUGUCCAGGGCGCCCCUGGUGCUGCGCUCGGGCCCGGCCCUGGGGCAAUGCUGCGGCUUGCUGAGUCUGCGCAGGGGGCCCCUCUUGGUCUUGUAUCAGCCGCCGCAUCCGUCCUACGCUGGAUGGACGGGAGGCUGUGCUGGAUACUCUCCGAGUAG